CAUUGAUUGAUUUUGAAGUUUAUAUAAAAUACAUUUUGACUAAAGUUAUUGACUAUAAAUAAGAGGUACUGGCUCAACUAAAAUCAACUUACAGUUCGUCAUUCUGGGAACCGAUCAAAGGCGACUAACAGGAUGAGGACUGUACUGAGUCUUUGCGUUGUUAUUACUGCUGCUUUGGCAUGCCCACUAACAGACAAAAAACCAGCUUGCUGUUGCAAUUUGCCUAAAAUAUGCCCUGCUACAUGGAACGUUAAGCAAUUUGAAUCCCAAUGUUCUACUGUUGCAUUCCAAGGAACAUGGUACGUACAAAUGGUAACACCAACAUACAUCAAAGGGAACAACCCAUUGAAAACCGGAUUGUUCUGUAACACUUAUCCAAGCACCAGAAAUCAAUUGAUAUUCCAGGAUACCACACCUUGUGAUAAUACUGACUACAACAUCGAAUACGUAGUGACUGAUUCAUCAUACAAUCUUUAUACACAAUGUCCGGAAACCACUAAAAAAUUAUUCAGUCCAGCAUAUGGAAAAGACAGCAAAUAUGCAAUUUUUAACGUCGGUACAGAAAAAUAUUAUAAAAUCCCACUAAUUGAAACAUAUCCAUUUAUUGACGAAAAUUUAAUCAGACACAAAAUCAGUGGUUCCUGUCAGAGAGAAUACACAGUCGCUGUAAUUGGAGCCGAUGAACAUUGGAAAGAGUAUAUGGUUUUGGCUGUGAUCAACAGAUAUAAAAACUUGUUCUGCGACAAUGAUCAUAUCAUCUGGGUAAUAACAAGAGAUGUUGCCCCUAAAUGGAGUACCUAUAAUAAAGCAUUCGAAGACAUUCAGAAGAGUGGUCUUAACCCAUACCAUUUGAUAAGUGUUGAUCAUUCGCUAGACUCAUUGCCUUCAUUACCUACUGCACCUUCAGGACCUUUAGGACCUUUAGGACCUUCAGGACCUUCAGGACCUUCAGGACCUUUAGGACCUUCAGGACCAUCGGGACCUUCAGGACCUUCAGGACCUUCAGGACCUUCAGGACCUUUAGGACCUUCAGGACCUACAGGACCUUUAGAACCUACAAUCACACCUGGAGAUGUCAAUAAUGUGGUACAACAAACUACCGUCUCUAAAUCAACAACCAAAUCCAUUACUACUGACAGUUCAUCUACUUCAACAACUACAGUAGAGACAUCAACUGUUGUAAUCGAGAUAAGCUCAGAUUUCACUAGCACUUAUGAAAUUGGACAAUGUGAUUUAUACAAUGGUAUCCAAAUCUUGAAGAGCCUGGAUACUAAAGCUAUCAGACGCGCCUUGUCUGGAAAAUAUUACUUGGCCGAAGCAACACCUUGCUCGUAUUUCGAUAUCCCCAAUUCUAGAGUCGGUAUUUUAAAUACUGCUUUCCCUGCAUGCUCGAUGCAACUUAUUUUCGACGAUAUAUCCAUGGAUACGUGGGAUUACAAUACUCCUCAUAUGAUGAUGGACCGCGGUUAUAACAUGAAGACCGGUGAAAUUCAAGAAACGAGAAGCUAUAUUUCUUCACUGUAUCCUGCAGACCAUCCAUACGGUUCAACUGUUUUCUCAAUAUAUUCUGAAGGAUAUUAUCCAGAUACAAUUGAAGAAUUGAUGAAACUUAAAUUAGAUGGAAUGAUUUGCAAACCGCCCUCAGAUAUAUACAAACACCAAAUCAUUGCAAGUAUUAUUGGAUACAAUGAAGACGAUUACCUAUUGCUGUGCCUUGCUAACCAGUACAAGAACCCAUUCUUUACUUCGGAACCAGUAUACCAAGUCUAUGCCUAUACAAGAGAUAGAAUUCCAUCCCAGAAAACUAUGAACAAUAUAAAUCAAGAAUUAUUGCGCGCUGGAUAUAAUCCAAAUUACUUGAUCAAAAUAGAUCAGACCACGGAAAUAGAUGUAGAAUACGUAUUUGAAACUUCAUAUUAUGAAUCGACAACUUCAUGCUGGAGUAGUAGUAGCAGUAGUUAUAGUUCGACUACUACAUCUUACUCAUCUUCAUCAAUAAGUUCGACUAUUAGCAAUGGGUGUUAAGUAAUUUAAAAUAUUAUAUAUUAUGUCAAUACAUUCAGUUUAAUAAAUAAAUAUAAAUAUCACGCAUUAUUAA